AUGGGAACAAAAGCAUUAGCAUUUGGAGCAAAAGCACUUGGAGCUUAUGACGCAGUAAAUAAAAUGAGUGGAGGUAGGGUUUCGAAGACAUUAGAUGCAAAUAAAGGGAAGAUUGGAGGCUGGGUUGCAAAGAAGUUAAGAUUAAAUAAAAUAGGGCUCAUAAAUAAAGCAUCCAAUUUGGUUGCGACUGAGUCAGAAAAUGCUUUAGGAAAGGACGAUGAGUUUGCAAAACACGCAAAAGACUUUAAUGACCAGAUGAAAGGUGAAACAAUGCAUUUAAAUAGAGUCGAUGGAACUAAAGAAAAUGUUUCUUCUCCACCAGCGGUUUAUCCAUACGGGCCUUAUGGAAU